AUGGCUGCAGAAUCUUUGGCUAGAUCGUCCAUCCCGGCUUUGGGUUCCGUCACCCGUGCACAAACUGAGUUUUCACAAGAUGGUGAAGUGUCCAACCAGACCGAGAAUCAAUGCUCUAUCAGCAAUGAAUCUCCGGUAAAUUUGAAAAAUGACGAUGGACCAGCAGCUAACAAAAAAAUACAAGUUAAUGACAAGAUGGAUCUCGAUCCACGACCUGCUCCCCCCAAAGUUAGCGUUGAAGAAUCGUCCACCACCAACGCACAAUCGAGCAAACGAGCAGCACAUCCGGUCGAUGAGGGAAGAGGAGCACCAAAACCGAUAUCGGAAUAUCCUAAUACCAUUCAUAAAGCACCAAAAUUCACUGACACGGCCAAAUACAUUCCUGGAAAGACAACUCGAGAUGAUGGUGAAAUUUGUGGUUAUCAAGCCAUAGAAGCCAAGAAGGGACCUGUUAGAUACUGCUUUGCAGUCAUGACAGUUUCCGAAGGCCUUUUACGAGGAGGACUUCGUCCCAGUGCUGAAGUUGUACAAGACGUAAGAAAUAGCUACCUUCAAUCCAAAGCAGUCACAAAAGGUUGGAGACGCCCUAGUGGAUAA